UUUCUCUCUAACAACCACUUCACAUUUCUUCCUGUCUAACAGCACAUUCAGCUUUUGAAUCCUGACUCACUGCAGAGGUGGCAGCAGCAACAGGCGGAGACAUAGCCAGAUAUCUACAAUGGCAGGCAUAAUUGACAUAAGCUCUGAUGAGCUUCUUGAAUUGUUUUAUGACAAUUACAAUUUUUCUGGAUACAGUACAGACAUGCCACCUUCAUAUGAGGAUGCAGCCCCCUGCCACCUAAAGGUCUCAGGACUCAACAAGUACUUUGUCAUCAUAAUAUACAUCCUCGUGUUCUUGCUGAGUUUGCUGGGAAAUUCACUGGUGAUGCUGGUCAUCCUCUACAACCGGCUCAGCCGCUCAGUCACAGACAUCUAUCUGCUCAACCUGGCCAUAGCCGACCUGCUCUUUGCCCUGUCACUGCCCCUUUGGGCUGCCUCCAAGGUGAAAGGCUGGAUCUAUGGGACGUCUCUUUGCAAGUUUGUCUCCCUUCUGAAGGAGAUCAACUUCUACAGCGGCAUUCUGCUGCUGGCCUGCAUCAGUAUAGACCGCUACCUAGCCAUUGUCCAUGCCACUAGGGCCUUGACCCAAAAGCGCCACUGGGUAAAGUUCAUCUGCAUGGGCAUCUGGGUCCUGUCCUUGCUCCUGUCUAUGCCCAUUCUUUUCUUCCGUGAAGCAGUCAAAGUACACUAUUAUGGCUUUGUCUGCUAUGAGAACUUUGGUAACAAUACUGAAAAAUGGCGGCUGGUACUGAGGAUCCUUCCCCAGUUCUUUGGCUUUGUCCUGCCACUAUUCGUCAUGCUCUUCUGCUACAGCUUCACCCUGCGCACCCUCUCUGUGGCGCACAUGGGGCAGAAGCAUCGGGCCAUGCGGGUCAUCUUUGCUGUAGUCCUUGUCUUCUUAGUUUGCUGGCUGCCUUACAAUCUGGUGCUGAUCACUGACACCCUCAUGAGGACCAAGAUAAUUCAGGACACUUGUGCACGAAGGAAUGUGAUUGAAAGCGCUUUUAAUACCACUGAGGUACUGGGCUUCCUCCAUAGCUGCCUCAACCCCAUUAUCUAUGCCUUCAUUGGACAUAAGUUUCGGUACAGCUUCCUCAAAAUCCUGGCUGCCCAUGGUAUGGUCAGCAAAGAGUUCUUAGCCCAGCACAGCAAGCCCUCAGUCCAUGGUUCCUCUUCUGGAAAUACCUCUACCACUCUUUGAAGAUCCCUCUGGUCCAGCACUUCUGGCUCUCUCCCUGUCCUUCUUUGCCUUUCUCCCAACUGUCUCCAAAAUUUCACUCUUGGAUGAGUUAGCUUCUCCUUUUUCAUGGAUGCCCUCCACCAUGUGGUAUGGGAGGAAAGUGAGAAUCCUAUUAAGGGACACCAUCUCAACCGCAUAAUACAGGAAUUCCAUCUACCACUACAAUUACCUUGAACUCAUGGGUUACAGUUGCCACAGCAACAGAACAGAUGCUAUUAUUCAAUCCCCUCAGCCCACACAUGAUUUCCUAAGACUUUUUUAAAACCUAGAUCCUACUUAGGGUAACUAUGAGGGGAUUCUACAGCAGAGAAGGGGAAAUGAGAGGUGGGAGUUGUCAGAUUUCAUAAAUAGGUCUGUUUGCAUGUAAUCUCUUUGUCUGUCAUCAGGGGAAGCUAGAUGGCUCAGUGGAUAGAGCACUUGGCCUGGAGUCAGAAAGAACUGAAUUUAAAUCCAGCCUCAGAUAUAUACACAUUGUUAAAGGAACUGAAGGAAAAGAUCUAGUGUGUGAAAAAUACAAAAAAAAAAUUUUAAAGGCAUGGGGAGACUUAAAUGUAGUGAAGCAAAGUGAGUUAGCAGAACCCCAAUGUAAACUGAAAGAGCCACAACAAAAAAAUGGAAAUUAUAUGAAAUUAUGAUGACCAAAUUUGGUCCCAAAGACGUGGGCAAGUCACUUAACCUCUUCAUGCAUUGGAGAAGGAAAUGGCAAACCACUCCAGUAUCUUUGCCAAGAAAAACCCCACAUGGGGUCCCAAAAAAAGGGACAUGACUGAAAGACUUUACAACUACCACCUUGUCUAUCAGAGACCUGGAACUGGGAGAGGGAAAUUAGACACAAAGAUGGACUUCUAGUCAGCCACCUACAAAGAUAGGCCUGAUCCAUCCUCACUCUUGGACUUGUUCUGCUGAAAAUAAAUCAUAUCAGGAAAUGUGUCCUUUA